AUGCUGUCGAGGGUAGCUACACCUUCAACAUGCCUCGCCAAGAGGACAUUCACAACCUCACUCGCCUUCCGAGCAGGCCCCAAGAUUCCCACCGGUGACGAGGCACCUCCAGCUGUUGCUCCUCUAGCUCGAUCGAACCCUCUCAUUGGCAGUCUUCCUCCUUCACCACCUCCCGCCGACUCUGUCGCCGAAUCAUCCACCGAAUCAAAGCCCAAGCACGCCUACGAUGCUUCGAAACCCUUCAGUUUGGACAUUGCAUCCAUCAUUGCCAACAAAUCCAGCGCAUACGGCGCUGAGAUGGACUCGGACCCAAUUGCUCGACCUCAAAUCCGCGCCAAGCCCGUCACUGGCCGUACAGUCUUCAUCAAGGACCGAGUAACCAAGACAACUGGUCCCACACCCAUGGUAGCUCUUCGAGUUCUCAACAGAAUCAUCCGAGAGGACCAGGUCAAGAACAAAUUCCACAGCCAAAAGUUCCACGAGCGAAAGGGUCUCAAGAAGAAGAGACUAAGGAGUCAGCGAUGGCGAUCACGAUUCAAGCAUGGUUUCAAGGCGACUGUCAGCAGAGUUAUGGAGCUCAAGAAGCAGGGCUGGUAG